AUGCCGCCUCGAUCUUCUUUAACGUCCUCGUUCUCUAUUACCGACUCCAAUAAUGAAGUCGUCUGUCCUCUGCGAAAUCAGGAUGGCUCUAGUUGUCGCAAGCGCUGCAUUGGCGAAAAGAGAUAUCGUUCGAUGCAAGAGCAUAUUCGGCGAGCGCAUCCCGAACAUUAUAUAUCGAAGCUUCCUGCGACCGAGGAGAGCUUCUUGCUUAUGAUUAAUACUCCCCCUUCCGGUCGAUCCCAGGCUCAGAAUUCUGCCGGCCCACCCCAACCAAACCUCGACCCGGCGCUCAAAGGCUAUCCGCAUGAGCGUCACGCAUAUGCUCGAGAUGGGUCGAGUGCUCCCGCCACUCCAAGACAUAAUGAUGACUUUUCCGGUGGCUCACUGCUACCAGCAGCAAGUGCUGCGGCCGCCCUAGCCCAGUUGGGCGGCCAACACAAGUUCGAAACAGAUUGGGAUACCGAAGCAGGUUGGCAGUCGGACAAUGACGGCCGAAGGAUACCUAGGAGUACAAUUGAAUUACCACCAAUACAUGUCGGGAACGAGCCAACUAGUGAACCGUUUCCUUCUUUGAAUUCUGCACCACGUAGAGACCUGCUCCCUUCAAUUCUCUCAAAUUCUCCUCCGGGUCGCUCCUCGACUCUCCCGCCCCUUCACCGGUCAUUCGGCCCCAGUCGGCCCAGGAAGCAGUCCAUUACCAAGCGCGGCCACAAGAAGCAGAAAUCCAAGGGCUCUACUACGGACUGGCUUCGGAGAAUUCAGAAUGAUGACCGCCUCAAGCCAGGAGGAAUUGAUCGCAAGGCUCAUUCUGUCGAGCCCUCGGCCGACUAUGGCAAAAGGUGGGAAGACCUCAUCGACGCCGCAGCCUCGGCUACAGAAGAUAUCGAUGAGGAUAGGACUCCUGUAAGUCGUGCCCGGCACACUUAUUUUCCUUCUCUAACUUCCCAGGUCCCCCAAUCCCCUAUAUCCAUACACCGAGCUUCCCUGCCCCCAUUCCCCCAUCAACAUUUCCAAGGCUAUCAAGCUUCUCCCUUACAACAAGCUCUUACUCCACCAUCAUUUGCCCAAGAGAUUCCAGAACCUUUUCCGUCCGUCGAAAGUGGCGAGAGCGGAGAAAACUUCCAUAUAGGAGCCUCUGGACUUUCAGAUUCAUCGCCAAAUUACUCGUCACAAGAUGUGCACAUCUAUUGUGCCGCUUGCCAAAGGACGUCAAAACUACGAGAAUCUUACGCCUGCACCGAAUGCAUUUGCGGGCUAUGUCGUGAUUGCGUCAACAUCCUAAUGGAGGAGCAAGGAGCCCGCCGAAAAUGCCCGCGCUGUGCCACUAUUGGCGGCAGAUUUAAACCGUUCCAGUUGGAUAUCCGGUGA